AUGCCUCAGCUGCCACGUUAUGAAUAUACUGGUCCGGUGGACUGCACGGUUCCACCCAAAAAAAGGAUAUUAAAGGGCAAGAGUGUUAUUGUGACCGGUGGUGCAAAUGGCAUGGGAGAGACAAUCGCGCGCGCAUUCGCCGCAGAAGGGGCUUUUGUAACAAUCGCAGACAUGGAUGAAACUAGAGGAAGCAAAAUUGCGGAGGAACUGAGCCCGAAUGCCCAAUUUGUGAGAUGCAAUAUCACGUCCUGGGAAGAUCAGGUAUCAAUGUUUGAAGCCGCAAUUUCAAAUUCUCCCCAUCACAGCUGUGAUAUUGUGAUUGCAAACGCCGGUAUCAGUCGUGCACAUGGCGAUGAUUUAUGGCCGCUCGAUGACCCAUAUUCUCCUCCAGUGAAGCCAGAGCUCAAUAUUGUGAAUGUAAAUCUGAUUGGAACGAUGUACACCUGGAAGUUGGCUGUUCACUACUUUCGCAAGCAGCCCGACACCGAAGAUCGAGAUCGUUGCUUUAUAAUUACAGGCAGUAUGGUGGCUUGGAUUGACUCCCCUGCAAACUGGCAGUACACGAGCAGUAAGUAUGGGCUUCGUGGCCUGAUGCGAACUGCGAGGCGCAACUCCCAUGAACAGGGUAUUCGAAUCAACUAUGUUGCUCCAUGUUAUAUCAAGAGUGCCAUUCGCUCGGCUGAAUACGAAGCACAGCUAAUCUCCAAGGGUGUUGAGUUUGCGCCUCAAGAUGACGUCGCUAAAUGGCACUCUCUUAUGGUUACACCACAGUCGGUCGCAAAAGAAGGGUUCAUGGAUGUAGGCAUGGAUGACCAUAUUGAGGAUGGGUAUUUUCAACGUACCCAGGAAGUUCAGCUUAGAAUAAUUGAGGAUAAAUGGGAGCCCGGAUGGGGCAAAGGAAGGACCCCAGAGGGUGCUCAAAAGAACUGA